AUGUCCUAUCCUCGGCCAAAGUUGAUAUCGUUGGAUGCGUUUGCCAAGACCGUCGAGGAUGCCCGAAUCAAAACAACGUCGGGAGGUAUAAUCACAUUAGUCUGCUGCUUGGUGGCAUUGAUGUUGAUACGAAACGAGUACAUCGACUACACCACCAUCGUGACCCUUCCUGAGUUGGUGGUUGAUCGAGAUAUAAACAAGCAGUUGGACAUCAACAUGGAUAUUUCAUUUUUGAACUUGCCCUGCGACUUGGUCUCGGUUGACUUGUUUGACGAGACCGGGGACUUGAAAUUGGAUGUCAUCAAUUCGGGAUUGGAAAAAUACAGGCUCGUGAAAAGGGACAGGAGACCGCCGUUGGAGAUCUUGGACGACCAGCCCGCGUUGAAAAGAGACUUGUCUUUACUGGAAGUGUGCAAGGGGCUUGAAGAAAACCAGCAGGGCGAAUGUGGAUCGUGUUACGGGGCGUUGCCGCAGGAUAAAAACCAAUUCUGCUGCAACAGUUGUGCCGCAGUACGAAGAGCCUACGCGCAGGCUAAUUGGCAAUUUUUCGAUGGAGAAAACAUCGAGCAGUGCGAAAAGGAAGGCUACGUGCUGAAAUUGCGGGAACGAAUCAAUGGCAAGGAAGGCUGCAGGGUCAAGGGAACUGCCAAGAUCAACCGCGUCGCGGGCACCAUGGAUUUUGCUCCUGGGGCAUCCAUGACCAAAGACGGCCGCCAUGUCCACGACUUGUCCUUGUACCAAAAAUAUGAAGAUCUGUUCAACUUUGACCACAUUAUCCACCACUUGUCGUUUGGAAACACCCCCACAUUCACCGCAAAAGGCGUAUCGGAAUCCAUCGCACCCUUGGAUGGACAUCAAUUCUUGGAGCACAAAAAGGCGCACAUAAACAACUACUAUUUGAAAAUCGUAUCAACCAGAUUUGAAAGCUUGGAUGGCAAGCACAAAGUCGAUACCAACCAGUUUUCCGUCAUUACGCACGAUAGACCUUUAGCUGGUGGCAAGGAUGAUGAUCACAAACACACGUUGCACGCGAGAGGCGGCGUACCCAGUGUCGCUUUUCAUUUCGAUAUCUCGCCCCUCAAAAUCAUCAAUCGCGAAAAAUACGCAAAGACAUGGUCGGGGUUUGUUUUGGGUGUAGUUAGCUCAAUCGCUGGAGUGUUGAUGGUGGGAGCUCUAUUGGAUAGAAGCGUUUUCGCCGCACAACAAGCCAUGAAGGGCAAGAAAGAUUUGUAG